AACUGAACUUGCACGUCAAGGGAUUAAUUGUCUUCAACUAAAUAUUUGUCAUCACUAAGUCCAGCCAUGGUGAAAUUUCUAUUCUAAUCCUCGUAAGCUAAUCUAAGUCCACCCAUGCUCUUGCACUCGCUCUUUUCUUUCUUUUCCCUUCUCCCUCCCUUGGGUUUCUACUUGUCCAACAAUGUAUCCUUCUCUUUCUCUGUAUCUAUUUUCUUGCUUGCUUUCUGUUAGCCUAAUAAGACUUCAAAUUUGUCUGGAGUCCUAGUUGUGGCCAUUUCGAUUUGCAUGCAAUUUACUUUGGGCAUCCCCCCACCACCUUGAAAAGAGAAUGAUUAUUUUAUUUUAAGUUUCUAUUAAUUUGACAAAUCGAUUAAUAAAGUGAACAUUGUUAAGACUUUUAAAAGGUUAACAGAAUACCGAGAAUAAGGUGAUAGAGCUCGCGAUUCAUCAAGGAUGAGCGUCUUCUAUCGUUUCCUUAGUCGUUGCCCAAGUAUUUUCCCAAAAAAGCUAAGGCCCCUGGGCCAAUCAGGCCUGGCGGUUUGGCAGGCCCGCCUGGUUCCUUGGCCGGGCCGAUCCCGAGAUCGUCAUCUUGCCUCGGUAGACCAACAGGGCUUAGCAAAAAAUGAUUUGAGUACUUCUCUCAAUUUGAAACAAGGACCCUUUACAACGGCUAGCCGUCCAAAAGAAUAUUAAUGUUUCAGACAAAUCCCCUCCCCCCUCCCUCUCUCUGUCUAGUCGAUUCUGUCGCCAUUUUGAGAUUUUCCAGCAGAGUUGUGGAGACACGUUUACCUGAGAUAGCAUCAUCGGAUCUUCAUUUCGAAGAGAGCUAGGUGUUUUUUGCGCAAAUUUCUCGUUCGGCCUGCCUCAAUUUCUAGGGUUUUGAGGGUCAGGAAUGGAUCUUCCGCCAGAAAUCGAUGAUUAUAUCAAAGAAUCCAUAGAAUACGCUCUUGGCCUCCCCGUAUCCAGCCAUACUCUCGAGUCAAAGCUUCGAGCCUCUGAACAAGCCCUCAUCCAACUCCGCCAGAACUUGUACCUACAAUCCAGAUUGAAAGAGAAAGAUGAGGCCAUUGAACGCUCCAGGGCUGAAUCGAGCAUGAACGCCCUCGCCUUGAAGAAGUUUGUGGAGGAAAAUCAGAAAUUGGCGGCGGAGUGCACGAAUCUUUUGAACCAGUGCAAGAAAUGGGAAAAGGAGUGUUCUUUGUACGAUCAUGAUCGAGAAGCUUUGAUGGAUUUUGGAAAUGAGGCCGAUGAACGUGCCAAAGAGGCCGAGAUUCGAGUUUAUGAAUUGGAGGACAAGUUGCGAAGCCUGUCAGAAGAAUUACAGUUCUACAGGCAUCAAUGCGAGAUUCACAAGGUUGAUUCAUCUGCAGAAGGUUCAGUCAUGGAACAACUUAUACUUGAGUCGUUGGUGACAACUUUGGUGGGCAAUGAUGAAGUUGCACCAAUUGCACAUGCCUUUCUAGAGGCAAAUGGCAGAGUAGAAGCAAGCCAAAAGUUGCUCAAAAUGUGGAAUAGCCUAAGGCCUUCAACUCAGAAGGUUCUUGCACUGGCUGCUCAAGUCAAAUCUCUACAGGAAGACAAGGAACAUUUAAGGAUUAAUCUUACUAGAGCUGAAGAGGAGGUGAAUGUGUUGUUUGAUCAAAACAAGAUAUUGGAUAAGGAGAACGAAAGGUUGAUGAGGCACAAAGAAAGAUCCCAUCCUGGAUCUGCUGAAAAACGCAGUGCCAGCAGCACGUCUGCCAAGGGGAGCAAGAGAAAAUCUAGCCCCAGGCUGUGCAGCCUGAUUGAGGGGAAACUCGAUUUCACUGAUGAUGAUUCGCCAAGAAAGCCCCUGUCAUCCUUGCAGCAAAACUCUCCCGAGUCUAGAAUGUACAAGAAAUAACAAAACAAAUAUUCUUGCAUCUGACUAUAACUUGUCUCGUAUCCAAGAUGCUCACAUUCUUGGCUACUUAUUCAAUGCAUUUAAAAGAAUUUGAUUUUUUUUUC